UAUUUCCCAAAACUAUCUCUAUAUAAGUUACCACGUCUCUCGCAAGACUUCACAUCACCAAGACGCUCAUGGAAACCUUAAUCCAUCAAAAAUGUUUGCCUACUCACUUCCUUCAGAACUCAAGCUCAUUUGUUCUCAAAAGCAAAACCUUGUCCAAACUAUAUUCAUUUCAAACAAAACCAUCGGAAUUUGGCUCCAUUUUUGCCCCACCACACGUUGUAAAAUGUGUGAAAGCAAAUACAAAUUCGGGUCCGUGGAAAAAAAUGUUGGAAUCCUUGCCUAGAAUAGCUACCCAUGACGAUCUCAAGGUUGAAUUGCAAAAUGCUUCAAUGGUUGUUCCAGUGGAGGUAACUGAAAGAAGGUCUAUGUUUCUAUCAAAUAUAGAUCAAUCUGUUAAUAUAUACUGCGGUGCAAUUGGUUUUUUUAGUGCUAUUCCAAAUUUCCCACCUGAUUUAAUCGCCAAGAAACUUGAAUUUGGAUUGAAAAGACUACUUGCAGAACACUAUGAUUUUUUAGCUGGAAGGUUGAAAUGGGACAGUAAACAAGGACGUCUUGAAAUUGAUUGUAAUUUGGCUGGAGUUGGUUUCAUUACGGCAUCUAGUAAGUUGUCACUGGAAGAGGUUGGUGAUUUACAGUCCCCAAAUACCGCUUUCGAACAACUUGCGCCUCAAAAUUGGAAUGAGCUUUGGCCCAAAGAUCAGCCUCUAUUUAUAAUGCAGGUAACUGCAUUCAAGUGCGGUGGAGUGUCUGUGGCGGCAGUCUAUAACCACACAACACUUGAUGGAUAUGGAUGCAUGAUUUUCUUGGAACAUUUAGCAUCUAUGACUGCGGAUAGUCCUGAUCUACCUUACCCCCCAGUCAAUAACCGUCACCUUUUAGAUGCUCGAACGCCACCCCAUGUGACCGAAAAGCACGUCGAGUUCAUAGAUCUAGGUCGUAUCGCUUAUGCAUCAACACCAUCGGUUUUCAUAUCCAAAGCAGAUAACCUUGAACGUAAAAAUCUUCUCUUAACAGCAGAAGACAUUGAAAAAUUGAAGAAGCAAGCAACGGUAUCAGCUUGCAUUAGCGACACAAAGGGGAACAAAUUCGCUUCUAGUGUCAUCACUAGUUUCAACGUCGUUGCAGCGCAUACAUGGCGUUGCAUGGCACUAUUGAGAUCCAAUAAAGAAGAGUCAGAAACGCCGUCGACUUUUCUAUUCCCGGUAAACAUACGAGCUCGUUUAAGGCCACGGUUCCCACCAUCAUAUACAGGGAAUGCGCUUGUGAAUGGUUAUGGAAUGGCAACGUACAAAGAAAUUGCCAAGAAGCCCUUUGCCUAUUUGGUGGAAAAGAUAGCAGCAGGAGCCAAAAGAGUGAAAGACAAGUACAUAAGGUCUGUGAUUGAUUGGAGAGAGUUACAUAACGGUUACGUAUUUGGCGAUGUAAUGAUAACAUCUUGGUGGAAGCUCCCUUUCAUAGAUUUGAAGUGUCCCUGGGGCAAGCCGCUAAGUAUUGUCCCAAUCGCGCAUCAAUGGAGCAAUUUAGUGAUAUUAAUGCCAGAUAACAGAGAAGUGGAGAGCAAAGGAGUGAAUGUUUUGGUCUCUCUACCCACGGAAGAUAUGGAGAGAUUUGAGCAUCUCUUUUACAAGCUCCUUUCAUGAAAAUCAUUCACUUUCCUACUGCGCGCUACGAUGGAAUACAUACUGUAUUCGUGCCUCUCUCUCCUCUCUCCCUUUUCAAAAACCAUCAAAAAAAAAA